GACUUGGGGUGCAAACCGUUCGAUGGGACAUACGGGAAACAUCUCGGUUGCCGCGCAGUGGAUCAAGAGGCUGAACGAGGCAGCCCUUGACAUGCAACUCACCCCCGAUUUUAAACUGAGAAUCGCGGUGAGGUUACUUGAAGGGUUGGCAUCCAAAUGGUGGGAUGGAACCAAGGGAAAGUAUGGCGGAACCGUCACUUGGGAGGAUUUCCGGCAGGAAUUCUUUGCUCAGUACUACUCUGACUUCGAAGUCAAUGCAAAGGUGAGGGAAUAUACCCUCCUAAUCCAAGGUGGUAACAUGACGGUGAAGGAACUUGAGAACAAGUUCAUGGACCUUGCCGAUCACAUACCGAAGUAUGCUUAUGAUGAAAACCGAAUGGUGAAUCACUUUUGGGAGGCCUUGGACUUGGAGAUACACGAUAGGGCAACUCAAUUGCCCAACAUGACUUUCAGCCAAGUGGUUGCUCAGGGGUUGAAAGGAGAGAAGCAAUGGGAGGAGAGAAAGAAGAGAGACACCGAGGAUGCGAAGAAGAGAAAGUGGGAAAGCCAUGGCCCCCAAGGUUCUAACAAAAAAGGGAACCAUGGGUGAGGAGGAUCGUUCAGAGCACCGGCACCGCCAUCCAAGGGAACCCCGGCCAUGAACGGGCACAACUCGGGCUCACAAGCCUCAACGACGCCCAGGUGCAUGAAUUGCAACAGGAGCCACGCCGGUAAGUGUCACGAUCCACCACAGUGCUACCAAUGCGGGAGUACAGGGCAUAUUAAGCCAAAUUGCCCUCAACUUGGUGGGAACCGAGGGGCGGGAUCAAGCGGCGCUACCACGGCGAGUAGGAACCGAACCGGAGCACCCCAUGCUAGUGCGGGGCAAGGGGAGCGAGCACGAGCAACGCACCGUCCGUGAAUCAAGGGAGGACUCAAGCUAGAGUCUACGCAAUGACCGAGGCCAAUGCUCGGGCCAACCCUGACUCCGUUGCAGGAACAUUAAAGAUCAAUGGUAGAAACGUAAGAAUUCUCAUUGAUACCGGGGCACAACGUUCAUUCGUGAGUGAAGCGUUUGCCGAAAGUUUAGACGUGCCGUUGAUAGUAAUGACACAACCCUUGUUGGUCUCUACACCGCUGUGGGACGAUGUGGAGAAGAAACACUACUACACUAUAGUAUUUGUUUACAAAAAAAUAUUAAAGAAAGAAAGUUUGAUGCAUUUGUAAUAGAGAAUAGAUGAAAAUAAUUUAAGAG